GGCGGGGAGCGGCCGGGGGAGCUCGCUGCGGGCUGCCCCGCCCGUGUCCCCGGGGUCCGGCCGGGCGGGUGCGGUGCCCUGCAGGGCUGGUACCGGGGUUUGAACUCGCUGCUCUGCGUUCCCUUCCCCGUACCGAACACCCGUGUGAGCGCUCCUGCCCUGGAGCGGCCCGGGGAAGCUCUACUCGUGAGAGGUGGUGGCUGCCGUCUGCUUAUCACGGGGCGAAAGCCCUCGGUGAACCGCUGUUACGGGAAGUUCAUGUGCGGUGAAUGAGCUCCAGCUUCCUCCUUGACGCUUGUUUUCCUGCUAACAUGCUGCUAGACAACCUCGAGACUCCUGCGUGGAAGUCUUCUGGAAAGUGCGGAGGAGCCGGACUGGUUAGUGUUUGUACCCCGCCUGAUGCGUGAGGAGAGGGUGCAAGUACGUGAGUAACCACUCCGCAGGGAAAUUAUCACUGCUGUGCACUGGAAGGAAGGGUAAAAAUUACAGCUUUCGAGUGCUAGUGGGUCCACAGGUUGCAGUUGGGGAAUUAUAAAGCAAAAUUAGCCAACAUAUGAAUCCUUCUAAAAUUAAAGGCAUGCAUAUUUAAGCUUGUUUCUAUUCUUUCCUCUUUUUAAAAAACAUUGGGAAAAUUAUUUUAUGCUUCAGUUUGUUAAUAAAAAAAAUUACUAACAAUUACAAUCUCAGAAAAUUUGCUGCUCUGAAUUUUCGCAUUUAACAAAUGAUCCCAUGAAAAAGACAAGAUUGGGUCUCACUGCUACACUUGCUGUGUGAGCAGCAUAACACUUGCUCAGAGGUAGAAAUAAGCCAAGAGUUUUUACUAAAUUUGCAAACAGCAGCGCUUUCCCUGAGAGAGAACUCCUCCUAGUCAGGAAGCAUGAAACGUUUUAACCAUUGACGUACUCCAUCUGUGUUUGAAAUUGCUGAUGGAUUUGGGGUUACCGAAAAUGCCUCUCAAACAGGCAGAAUUGCACUUUUAGAAUUGCACUUUUAGAAUUGCACUUUUAGAAUUGCACUUUUAGAAUUGCACUUUUAGAAUUGCACUUUUAGAAUUGCACUUUUAGAAUUGCACUUUUAGAAUUGCAACUUCGGUAUCCUGGUUUUGAACACAUUGAACUAUGCAAAUGGAACAUGGCAAGCUUGUUUUAAUACACUAAGUCCAAAUAGCUUUUAAUUAUUAACUCUGCAAUAGUUUUGUUUUGAAGCAAUUAAGAGUUUACGCCACUUAGUUUUUGACAAGAGUACAGCAUCACCUUUUGCAUUUAAGUGUGUAAUUAACCUUUAAUACAAAGUCCUUAUGACAAUGGGAUUAACUCUUUAGGCAAAGUUACUUUGCUGGUUAUACACAUGUGAGAUUGAGGCCCGUUUUCAGUGUGUUUUAAUGCGGUUUUAUGGAGUUCAACAAGACCUUCCCAGCAUUAGUAUUUUUUAAAAUACCAACUGCACGUAUUCAUAAAGAUUGCAGCGUUGCAGAUACUUGAACUGCCUUAAAUCAGGCUGAGGUUCUACAACCUAGUUCAUCCUUGCCGCCUUGCACGCGGUGGUGCCCUGUGCUCUGCUGACCUCCAUCCAGAUGCUUCCCCUGGGUUCCCGGGAGUGCACAGGCCUCGUGUCCCGACCUAGACCCGCCUCUUACGGGCGCUACCGCCAGCGGUGCGGUCAGCCUUGUUCGGUUGCUGCAUGCUGCAAGCAAAGGCAGCUCUUGUCCUUCAGCCCUCCGCGGUAGGGACUGUACUUUGAAAUCAUACAGCGGCACCUAUAACAGGUUCCAUUAAUAACAUUAAAAAACUUUCACUGGUGUGAACAGUGUCAAUGCCACAUGGUGUGCAAAGUCAGUAUAAGACCUGAUCAUACUCCCUUCUCUUCUAAAUUUUUGGUAUUUCAAAGUGGGGCACAAGAUACCUCUCUUAAUCUGUGAACACCCUUAGCUGAACAGCACCAGAAUGAUCUGCUGGGGAACCUGAAAACAUCUUACUGUCUCAUUUCUUGUCCCUAAUACAGGGCAAUCUAGAGAGCUGAAGAAUUAGUCCCAGAACACUUAGGGCAGGCAAGGCUGACAUCUCAAUUUUAGGUUGUGUGUCAGCAGCUCAUGAUUGCCGUUAGUUAAUUACCUUAACCUUUGGUAUGACUGUGUAGCAGAUCAUACGUGCCCUCGUUGGGAGGCAGCGCAAGAAUGUCUGCAGCUGUAAGUAGCUGGCGUACGUUUCCUCAUGUGCUUGUGAUGGGAUUAGAAAGUCUGAAGAUCUGUACUCAAAACCAUAACCUUGCUUAACUGAGUUUUUCUGUGUGUUGUUUUUUUUUUCUUUUGUUUUUGUGUGUGUGUGAGGGCUGUGCUUUUGACUCUCUCAGUGAGUUCAGCCAGCAGUUUUAGCUCAACACUUAGUUUUCCUGCUGUGGUUUGUGAAAGGUUGGAGACCUGCAGCACUCUCAGCACAUGGGUACUGGCCUGGAUGUGUGACCUUUAGGAGCAGUCAGCUCAGGAGGCAAUGAGAAAGAUGAGGAACCAUGUGUUCAUCAGCAUAUGCGCUUGAGAAGCAAACACGGCUGCUGCCUGCGCAUCUCGCAUAGCUCUAGGUUUGGAGAAAAGAAGCAGCAGUGAAGGUGUGGGCUGAGCACCGUGCGGGAACUUUGCUGGUACUGUUCCUGUAGGAAUUUGCCACACCUCUGGCAAAGUAAGCUCUGUGAUAGCCCAGCACUACAGCUGGUUCAGGCAUGGCUACAAAACCUGAUGUUACUAGCAUUUGAUACCGACCAAAAUAGUGCUCCAUUGUGCGUUUCCCUUCAAGGGUCACGGUCUGUUUGAAUUUUAGGCGCCUUAGUUAUGCCUGUGGCUGACAGUUCUGUUACAUCGAGAGGCUAUAUCCUGGCUUCAUAGAAAUCCAGAGAAGAGAUCUAGUUUGAACAGAAAGUUGGAGAAGAUUCUGGUUAUGCUGCCACCCCUUCCCCACGCCAGAAACAACCUGUGGGAUAACGAGGCUCUCGCUGUUAACACCAAGGGGGUUCUUGACGCUUCAGUGAGGCUUUUUAGUAUGGCGUGUCGUGACCUAUGGAAAUAGCUACAGGGUAAGGUAGCGGCUUUUUUUCUGGGAUAGAAGCAGGAGUGUAGAGAACCUGUUGAUUUCUCAGUUCUUAGGGCAAAGGUUUUUCUGCUGCCUGAUCUAUUUUUCAAGGAGGGAGGGGAGGGUAAGGGAUUGGAGAGAACAGCCCUCCUCCUCUUCUCGCAUGCUUUAUUUCAUUAAAUCAUCAGCCCCCAAGCUGACAGCAUACUUGCUGAGGCCUCUUUCUGUGCUGACAUGCUGAGGCAGCAGAGCCCAAGAACAAAGAUAGUUCCUGAAUAAUUUGGGAAUCCUACUCUUGUCCGUGUUGUAUUAGUAGGAUUAUAUGGAGCACACAGUGAAAACUGCCUGUACAGCCUGGUCUGCCAGCACUGUUACUGGCACCAGCAGAGAGCACUGAUGGUGAAUUACAGCUUUGACCCUUGCUACUUUAGACACUCUUCUGUUCUGGAUGAGCACCGUGCCUCAAGGUGCAUGCGGGAGCAGCGUGCAAGCAGAGCGUUGGAGUGAGCUGGCAGUAAUGCCGAGGAGAUCGUCCUUGGUACGGUCGUCUUGAGCUAAGGGAAUGAAAACUGGGGAUUGGAAAUUCACCUUCAUUCUCCUAAGCUUCAUCCUAACUUCUGGAGUCACAGUUGAAGUCUUUGGGUGUAUGAGGCCACACAUAUAUCCACUGUCCUGGUCAAUGAUUUAGGCAACGGAUUGGAGCAUGCAUCAUUAGCGGGAUGGUCGGCCACCAAGGCUACAAUGUCGUCCCUGACGACCUCCAGUGAAGGAGAAAACCCCACUCCCAGGUUCGUUGUGGGUUCCAGGGAUGAUGAGACGGACUUCCUCGGAUCAAACAUGAAGACAGACGAAAUUGAUUUCUUUGAAGAUGAUGAAGAGGAGGAAUCGCCGCCUGACCGGCAGAUUGUGGUUGGAAUAUGUGCCAUGACCAAAAAGUCCAAGUCAAAGCCCAUGACGCAGAUUCUGGAGCGUCUGUGCAAGUUUGAGUAUAUCACAGUGGUGAUUAUGGGGGAAGACGUUAUUCUGAAUGAACCAGUAGAGAACUGGCCCUCUUGUGACUGCCUUAUCUCCUUCCACUCCAAAGGAUUUCCACUGGAUAAGGCAGUUGCUUAUGCCAAGCUGUGCAGGCCGUUUUUGAUUAAUGACCUUGAUAUGCAGUAUUACAUCCAGGACAGGCGGGAAGUGUAUCGGAUUCUUCAACAAGAGGGAAUAGACUUGCCCCGCUAUGCUGUGCUCAAUCGAGACCCUGAUAGACCAGAAGAAUGCAACUUAGUGGAAGGAGAGGACCACGUGGAGGUAAAUGGAGCUGUUUUCCCAAAGCCAUUUGUAGAGAAGCCAGUCAGUGCUGAAGACCAUAACGUGUAUAUUUACUACCCAACCUCAGCAGGUGGGGGCAGCCAGCGGCUCUUUCGGAAGAUUGGCAGCAGGAGUAGUGUGUACUCCCCAGAGAGCAGUGUAAGGAAGACAGGCUCAUACAUUUAUGAAGAGUUCAUGCCUACAGAUGGCACUGAUGUAAAGGUGUACACUGUUGGGCCAGACUAUGCCCAUGCAGAGGCUCGCAAAUCCCCUGCUUUGGAUGGGAAGGUUGAACGGGACAGUGAAGGGAAAGAAAUCCGUUAUCCAGUCAUGCUGACUGCCAUGGAGAAGCUAGUUGCCAGGAAAGUCUGUGUAGCCUUUAAGCAAACUGUAUGUGGGUUUGACCUCCUGCGAGCAAAUGGCCACUCAUUCGUUUGUGAUGUGAAUGGCUUCAGUUUUGUGAAGAACUCUAUGAAGUAUUACGAUGACUGUGCCAAAAUCCUUGGAAACAUAAUCAUGCGUGAAUUGGCUCCCCAGUUUCAUAUUCCCUGGUCCAUCCCAACAGAGGCAGAAGAUAUUCCCAUUGUCCCCACAACUUCGGGCACCAUGAUGGAACUUCGUUGUGUUAUUGCAGUCAUCCGGCAUGGAGAUCGAACUCCAAAGCAGAAGAUGAAGAUGGAAGUUAAGCAUCCCCGGUUCUUUGAAUUAUUUGAGAAAUAUGAUGGCUACAAGACAGGGAAGUUGAAGCUGAAGAAACCAGAGCAGCUACAGGAAGUGCUGGACAUUGCACGGCAGCUUGUGGUGGAACUGGGAACACAGAGUGACUGUGAGAUUGAGGAGAGGAAAUCCAAACUGGAGCAGCUGAAGAGCGUCUUGGAGAUGUAUGGACAUUUUUCUGGCAUUAACCGUAAGGUGCAGUUGACCUAUCUGCCUCAUGGGCAUCCAAAAGCUGCAAGUGAAGAUGAAGCUCGCAGAGAGUCUUCCCCAUCUCUUCUCCUGGUUCUGAAGUGGGGUGGAGAACUGACACCAGCAGGAAGGGUCCAAGCGGAAGAACUGGGGCGAGCCUUUCGCUGUAUGUACCCUGGUGGCCAAGGUGAUUAUGCCGGUUUCCCUGGAUGUGGUCUGCUUAGACUGCACAGCACCUAUCGUCAUGAUCUCAAGAUCUAUGCUUCUGAUGAGGGACGAGUUCAGAUGACAGCAGCAGCUUUUGCAAAGGGUCUCCUGGCCCUGGAAGGAGAGCUGACCCCCAUUCUGGUGCAAAUGGUGAAAAGUGCCAAUAUGAAUGGUCUCCUGGACAGUGACAGUGAUUCCCUUAGCAGCUGUCAACACAGAGUGAAGGCACGGCUGCAUGAGAUCAUGCAGAAGGAUGCUCGGUUCUGUGAAGAGGAUUAUGAAAAGCUAGCACCUACUGGCAGUGCUUCUCUGCUCAACUCCAUGACAUUUAUCCAGAACCCAGUAGAGGUCUGUAACCAGGUGUUCACCCUGAUUGAGAAUCUCACCUCCCAGAUACAAAAACGUCUGGAAGACCCUAAAUCUGCAGACCUGCAGCUGUACCACAGUGAGACUCUAGAGCUGAUGCUGCAACGCUGGAGUAAGCUGGAGAGAGAUUUCCGCAUGAAGAAUGGGCGUUACGACAUCAGCAAGAUUCCUGAUAUCUAUGACUGCAUCAAGUAUGAUGUACAGCACAACUGUGCCCUGAAACUAGAAGGCACAGCAGAGCUCUUCAAACUCUCCAAAGCCCUGGCAGAUGUUAUCAUACCCCAGGAGUAUGGGAUUAAUAAGGAGGAGAAGCUGGAAAUUGCUAUUGGCUUUUGUCUUCCUCUCAUUAAAAAGAUCCAGUUGGACCUGCAGAGAACCCAUGAAGAUGAGUCUGUCAACAAACUGCAUCCCUUGUACUCAAGAGGAGUUUUGUCACCGGGUCGCCAUGUUCGGACACGGCUCUACUUCACCAGUGAGAGCCAUGUGCACUCUCUGCUCAGUAUCUUCCGCUAUGGAGGGCUCCUGGAUGAGAACAAAGACCAGCAGUGGAAGAGAGCCAUGGACUAUUUGAGUGCUAUCUCAGAGCUGAACUACAUGACCCAGAUUGUUAUCAUGCUCUACGAGGACAACAACAAGGACCCAUCUUCAGAGGAACGUUUUCAUGUGGAGCUACAUUUCAGCCCUGGUGUGAAAGGUUGUGAGGAAGAAGGAAAUGUCCCCACAGGGUUUGGCUUCCGGCCUGCGUCAGCAGAGAAUGAGGACAAGAAAGCAGACCAAGGCAGCCUGGAAGACCUCUCCAAGGAGAAGGGCACUGAUGAGCCAGAUCAGGCACAGCAGAGGUCUCCACAGCCCUCCGAGCCAGUCAGCAUUCAGCGGAGAUCACCACUGAUCAGGAACCGGAAAACAGGGUCCAUGGAGGUGCUUUCAGAAUCUUCCUCCAAAUCAGGAGGUUAUCGCCUGUUCAGCACCUACUCCAGGCAGUCUUCUGAGAUGAAGCAAAGUGGCUUAGGGUCACAAUGCACCGGGCUGUUUAGCACCACUGUGCUGGGAGGCUCCUCCAGUGCCCCCAACCUCCAGGACUACGCACGCAGCCAUGGCAAAAAGUUUGCCAGCAGCCUGACGUACAAAGACGAACUCUUGUCUAUGCCAGCCGUAAAACGAUUUUCUGUGUCGUUUGCAAAGCAUCCGACUAAUGGUUUUGAAGGCUGUUCCAUGGUUCCCACCAUUUAUCCCUUGGAGACUCUGCACAACUCCCUCUCUUUGCGACAGGUCAAUGAGUUCCUGACGGCUGUUUGCAGGAGCUGCAGCGAUUCACACGUCCAGUCUACUGCAGCUUUGUUUGAUUCAAUGAUUGGCAGCCAGAUACCAGGAGACCCCUUUAUGUCUCAGCGAAUCCUGUCAGCAUCCUCUUUCCCAUUGCGCCAGCGUUCGGAUAAACCCCCUUGGUACAGCAGUGGUCCCUCCAGUACUGUCUCCAGUGCAGGCCCAUCCUCCCCAACUUCUGUGGACAGCUGCGCUCGUUUCAGCUUCGCUGAGAAACUUUCCAUCAGCCCCCCAAAAAGUGAAGAGCAGCUGAAUAGCCUGUCCCCUGAGCAAGGGGAGACACAGCCCUCAGACGGAGUGCUUAACUUGAAGCUAGGGAUGUCCGAGUUUCCCAUGGAUCAGCCCAGUGGGGAGCCAGGUGCCCCAGAGACCCCGAUCUGGAAUAAGGGCCCAGAGUCAGGUAGAGUCCUCGAGCUGCGCAAGAUGGAGCUGGCGGGUGAGAACUCUGACCCGAAGGAGAAGAGCAUUGUGGAGCUGGAUGAAGAAGAACCAGCUGGGAAAAUGUUAGAGCUAGACAACACAGGGCAGUCAAAGUGCGGUGCAGGGCCUGAGGUAAGGACAGCUGGGGACAGAGGGAAGCCAAGUGAGGAGUGUUUAGGGGGAAUGGCUGGCCUGGAUCAGUCAGGGCUGUCCGAAGAGGUUUUGGUGCUCUGCGAGGAAGAGCUGCUGGGAGAGGUGUUGGAGCCAGAGUGUAUGGGCAAGGAGUCACUGGGGGACAGUGCUCUGUCAGGCCAGCUUCUGUCUGGUCACCUGUGCCAGGACCAGCCACUGCCUCCCGAGACAAGCGUGGAGGAGCUGCAGCUACUGUGCCAGGAGGAUCAGCAGAACUAGUGGCUCACGGGACAACACACUGCAAGCACUUCUAGCCUGGAGCCAGCCCAACUUCCUGCACAGCACUUCAUGCAGCUGGCUGUCCACAGCACAGAGCAAGCCGUGUCCUGAGGCCACAGGACUCUGAGGUGCCGAAGAGUCUGCUCUGCUCCUGUGCAAGUCAGCUCUUUGCUGUCUGGCAAGUGACAACACCCAUCUGCCACGUUAAACCAACAACGCAUGCAGUCUUAGUACUGGCACGGCAUCUCCACGGAGCGGUGACAUGGGGCUGCAUUAGUGCAGGGUGUUCCAAGGGCUGUGUGCUCACUGGGACAGCAGUGUUAGGGGGUUGGUAGGGCCAAGGCUUUUGCAGUGGUGAGGCAAAAGGGGAUAAUUGCCCCCUGGAAAUCUCUUGUCCCAUAGCCUUCAGAACCUGGCCCAAAGUAACUGGGUUUCAUCACAACCACCAACCUCCUCUCUGCUUCUUCCUCCUUUUCUCCACCUCUCCAUCCCUACUGUUGGUCACCAAAAACAGGUCCGGAGAGUCCUUGGUAGGAAGAAUAGGAGAAGCAGAAGGCAGUCUGAAAGGAUGUGGGAAGGAGACUAAUGCGGUGAUCAGGUUCAAGACCGCCACUUGCAAGAUAAACCUCUCUGGAGUGGACUUGCAUGUUUUCCAACUGGGCUGGGGCGGGCAGGCAGGAGCUUGGGGAUCCAGUCUGACACUUGUGCAGGGAGGACACACACGGGUUUUUCUAGUCCCCAGGGGUCAGGCUGGAUAAAGCUCUGAACUCUUUGGUGACAGAAAUUAAGAGAAACUGCUAUUUGAGCAAAUCAGGAUUAUUAGAAACCAAUAAGGAGAAAUCUUUAUUGUAUAUAAACUGAAAAAUAUUUAAUGCAUAUUUAUGUAAAUGACUUGUGAGCACAAGCCUGAGGGCAAGACUGGCACAGGUGUCCCUGCCACAUCCUGAGUGCAGGCCAGGGCUGUGCCUCCUGUAUUUAUGGACAAGUCUGUGUGUUUGUCUGUAGCUAGGAUCUGUGUUUCUGUGAAGCUAUGCCCAAAGAUCUCUGCGCUGUGUUGUGAUGAUGUGUGUUCACAGUAAAUCUAUGCUGUGGG